ACACCUCGCGGCUUCCGUACAAUCACAGUCCAGGAAGAGGUGAUAUCUUCCAAUCUUCAGAAACCAACGUCAAAUACUCCACACGUUAGUGUGCUCAGCGCAUAAGUUCAUUGGUAAAUAUGAUUUUAAGUCGGGCUAUUUGACGUAACGUUUGUUUUCUCAUUGUGUGCGUUUGUAUUUCGAGAUAUUUCUUCAGCUGUUUACCAGGUUGUCAUGGCUAAGACCAAGCUGGUGCUUUCUGUGGACUGAAGCCAUUAAAGAGGCGCAAUACUCACUGAUGUUAAGGAGCUGCAUCAGUUAUCCUGCCACGUACGCUAUCCGGAAAAGAUGAAGCUACGUCUGCAUUUUGUGGUGGACCCCAUGGGCUGGUUCUGCAUAAGCACGGUGCUGUUUAUCUGGUUUUACAACACCCUUCUCAUUCCCAAGCUGGUGCUGUUGCCACACUAUGCAGAGGGACACAUACCUGCUGCACUAGUGGUCUGUUACUAUCUAGCAUCGCUGCUGUGUGUCUCAGCACUGCUCAGGGCUUCCACUGCAGACCCUGGAAGACUUGCCCAGGAUCCCAAAAUUCCACUUGCAGAGAGAGACGAUUGGGAACUCUGCAAUAAAUGCAACAUGAUGAGGCCAAAGAGGUCACACCACUGCAGCCGCUGCGGCCACUGUGUGCGUCGCAUGGACCACCACUGUCCCUGGAUUAAUAAUUGUGUUGGGGAGGAUAACCACUGGCUCUUUUUGCAGCUGUGUUUUUACACUCAGGUUCUGAGUCUUUACACGCUCGUGUUGGACUUUUGCCAGUAUUACUACUUCCAGCCACUGUCCUCGGUGGACCGGGGGGAGUUUGCAGUACGUCACGAAUUAGCUCUAAUACGUGUGUCCUGUUUCAUGGGUCUGCUCAUGUUUGGGGGAAUGAGCGGCCUUUUCUACUCGCAGGUCAAUGGCAUCCUUGCAGACACGACUACUAUAGAGAAGAUGUCCCACAUGAUGGAAGAUGUUGGCCCAGGGCGGUCGUGGCAACAAGCGAUGGCUGAGGUGUUUGGCACUCGCUGGAAGAUCCUUUGGUUCCUGCCGUUCAGGAGCAGACGGCCUCUAAAGCUCAACCUGACCUCCCGCUCUCAUGUAUAGACAGACAGACAGAGACUCGCACAUCAAUCCAGCGGUGAAGGUCAACCUCUGCCCUCUCUCUCUCUUCUCUUGUUCUCAGUUAAAUCGUCUUCACAAUGGCUCAGUCUCAGCUCUAAUGGAUCAAACUCCUUCAGGUUCUUCAUAAAAACCUGACUAUAUAGAUACAUCAAACAGAAUACUGCUGUACAAUCGGUGUCAUGUUGAAAAUGUAGUUGUAAGGAUUAAGGAUGAAACAAGUUGAAGCUUUGUUGUUUCCAGGACAACCCUUAUUUGUGUAGAUCUAUGUCUGGGUCACGUGAGAAGUUGUCAUGCAUGAGAAGUGGAGUGGGCGGAGUCUGAUGUCUUGGUUUAUGGCCCUAAUGGUUGAUGGCUCUUGAGGUGAGGCGUGACCUCUGGCAUGAGUGAAAGACACUGCUGUAGUCCAAAUGCCUAACAACACACACACACAAACACACACACACACACAAAAAAAUAACAAAUAGAAACAUGGUUUACUAUCUUGCAUAUUACACAUACCUCACCAAGCACUGCUAAUGCCACUACUGAACAUUCGACUACUAUAUAAUUUUAUUUCAUUUUAUAAUUUUCGUAUUUGUGCCUUUUUAAAAUCCAAAGGUUUUUAACUUAUUGUGUUUUUUUAAGUAUUUGUUUACAUUUAGAUCACAUUUUUUAAGUCUCACUUAAAAAACUACAUUUUUUAUGUCUUUGAGGGAGCAUUUAAACCAAUCAUAAUAAUAAUUUAUAAAGUUUUGUUUGUGAUAAUAGUAUUGUUAUAAUAUUCAGAGAAGUCAAAGUUACGAGCAAACAAUAUGCAUUUUAAAAUAUAGAUAAAAUUAUUUGCUUUACUGAUGUUCAUUUACUUUUGUAAAUCAAAUGGGGGAAGGGUGAAACAUGAUUAACUUAUUAUUUUUUAUUGUUUAUAAUUUUUGGCCAGUUUUAAAACAAUGUUAUUGCACUGAGGCCCAUUACUAAAUUAGAUUUGUGUCAUUAAAUUGACUUUAUUACACUGUCAGAAAUAAAAGUAUGAAAGUUGUCAGUGGGAUGCUACCCUUUAGAAACGUCCUAUUUAGGGACAAAUAUGUGCCUAUCUAGUUUCAGUUUACCUUUGAAGUAAUAUGCACUCUUUAGGUACAAAGAUGUACUUUUUUAAAUGGUCUCGCCUCAGUGACAGCUUUUAUACUUUUGUACUCAUUUCAGAUCAACCCCGAAAUCUAGGAGCGAAUCACCUAUUGUCUGAAGUGCCUCUAAACAUGGAGUUUUUACUAAAUUUUUUCAAAGAACAGUUGUUACAAUAACUGACUUUGUAUGAAGUGCACAUUGUACCACCACAACUGUUUGGAUCACGUUUACUUUUCCAGUCUGUUUCACCUGAAUACAGAAUAAUGAAUCAUUCUUUCAUGUUUUUGAAAAAACUAUUUUGCCUAAUAUGUCUUUGUUAAUGUUUUAAACUUGUUGGUUGUGGUCACAGUUGUGGUUGAAAGGUCAGUGGCUGGUAUGAAUGAAUGCUGACAUUUUGCUCUGACAUUAUGAGAAAGAAAAUCAUGUGUAGUGGUUUCAUUACAAAAAUGGACACUACUAUUCUAGUCUAAAUUAUUUUGUAUAUGGCAACUGGAUAUUAGUUCCUUAUUUUAUUUAUCUUGCGAAACACUCCAAUAAAUUGAAGUUAUGAAAUGGCAACUUUUUUGUGUUACAACAAUUUAAAGCAAACAUCUUUAUCUCUCAACAGUAACUACAUCACAAAUCCUGUUGUUGUUUUAAAGCUUUUAUCUCAUUCUUUUUUCUAUUUGUGAUAUUAUAUUAGGGGCUCAUGUAACUGGCUAUGAAAGUAAUACUUGCUGGGUUUUUGAAUUGUUUAAGGGAGUUCAUCUUCACUGGUUUUUAAUAUUUGAAAAAUGUUUGAGCCUUUUUGUUGCCUUUUAUUAGUUUUUUUUACAUUUUAAGGAUCUUUUUAUGGGUAAUCUGAUUAUUGUCAUUCUGGUGAACGGUACAGCACAGAGACUAUUUGACUCCAUUACCUGACUCAUAUGACUAAUGAAAUUUAUGUAAUAUGUUAAACAUUACGGCACUCUAAUAUUCUUAUAUUAGCCUUAUAUAAAUUAUUAAGAGAGCUUAUAUAAGAAGAUUAUUACUCAUUUUAGGUAUACCUCAUAUUCAUAUAUCUGUAUCUCCAUUAUAAAGCAAUAGAAUUUAUUCACUUAUAGCAAAUACUACUAUUGUAUGUAUAGUAGAUCACUGAACAUUAUUUCAAUUUACUCAUUAAUAUUGAAAGUACUUAUGCUAUUUAGAAAAGUGACUCUUCAGGAUUGAUUGAUAUUGGAAUGAUAUUGGUCACGGUGUUUAUAUUUUUUGUUUAUUUGUGGUGUCAGUCAAAGUGUUUAUUUUGUAAUCUUUGGUUUUUGAAGUAUAUCAGAGAGAAAUUAUUUAUGCAGCCUUGUUUUUUUUAAAUAAAAGAUUUUGGCCUGAA